UAAUAUAAUAUAAUAAAGUGGAGGCUGAGUAAGCCGAUGGCGUCAGCCUCCGUCACGUUAACGGGAGCCGCGCUCGUAGUACCGACGGCAGCCUUAACGUUAUAGUAACGGGUGGGGGGGGAGCGGUGCAGCAGAUGCUGCAGCCCUCGUGCAUAGCGCCCCCCUCCAUCUCUCCGGUGCGCCUGCGUGCUGAGACACACACACCGACACAGAACGUCCGUCCGCCUGGACCAACAGGAGGAGAGAGAGAGAGAGACUGAGGGGGGGAUACCGGGGGCAGUAACGGUAACGGAGGCAGUAACGGUGACGUGAUGUGAUGCGAUGCCGCGCGGGAUCACGGUAACGUAAGAACAGCAGCAGCAAGAGGAGGAGGAAGAGGAGGAGGAGGAGGACAGUCGAGGCUGAGCCGGGGAGGAUGCAGCAGUGAUCGGUACCGGGAGGAGGGGAACACAUCCUACCGAGCCUGCACCGACCCGAUCUGAUGUAAAGCAGCAGGGAUGGACGGGUAGGCAGGGAGGUGGCGCGAGGAGCGGAGCGAGCGACGGUACAUAACGGAGGAGAGAGCGCGAGGAGGAGGGCGGCGGAGCAGCGCGAGGAGGAGGAGGGAGGAUGAAUCCGGUGGAUGGAGGAGGAGAAGCGGGCCCGGACGGCCUGGCGACGGCAGGUUCUGGUAAAGCCGAGUGUGUCCGGGCAGUCGAUGUCCUGACGGUGCUCAGAGAGAAAGUGGCCUUCGUAUCGGGUGGACGGGACAAACGAGGUGGACCAAUCCUGACCUUCCCUGCGAGGACCAAUCAUGAUCGAAUAAAACAGGAGGACCUCAGUCGGCUGGUCACUUACCUGUCCACGAUACCCAGUGAGGAUGUGCGUGCUCGUGGCUUCACCGUGGUGGUGGACAUGCGCGGCAGUAAGUGGGACAGUGUGAAGCCAGUACUGCGAACGCUGCAGGAGUCAUUUUCCUCCAACAUCCACACAGCGCUGCUCAUCAAACCUGACACCUUCUGGCAGAAACACAAGACCAACCUAGGCAGUGCCAAGCUCAGCUUCGAGACAAGCCUGGUGUCCGUGGAGGGUCUGUCCCGGCUUGUCGACCCCUCCCAGUUGACCUCUGACCUCGGCGGCUCAUUGGAGUAUGACCAUGUAGAGUGGACUGAGCUACGCCUGGGCCUGGAGGAGUUCUCAGGGGCCGCCACACAGCUGCUGGCCCAGCUGGAACAGCUAGAGGCCGGACUGAACCGCAUACCAGAGCCACAGGAUGUUGAUGAGGCCCGCAAACUUCUUGAGGAACAUGGUCGUCUCCGUAAUACUAUUGCCACAGCACCAGUUGAUGCACUUGACCGAGAAGGCCGGUGUUUACUCCAACGUAUGCGCCUUGGCCCUUCACACAGUGACACCUCUAAUGAAGGUGGUGGGGGUGGCGGCAGCCACGGCAGCUGGCUCUCAGGUGGGACAGACUUCCAGAGCGUGGCUCCAAAGGUUUCGUCCCUGCUGGACCGACUGCAGGCGGCUCGCACCCACCUCCUGCAGAGCUGGAGUGACAAGAAGCUGCACCUGGACCAGGCGCUGCAGCUACACCUUUUUGAGCAGGACGCCACCAAGAUGUCCGAGUGGAUCGGUCACAGUAAAGAGCUGUUCAUGCAGAGCCUGGUGGAGGUCGGUCAGAACCACCAGCACGCUGUCGACCUCCAGACACAACACCAGCACUUCACCGCCAACUGCAUGAAUGGCAGCGUGAACGUGGACAGCGUUGUCACUGUGGCGGCGAGGCUCGCAGAGGCUGGUCAUUAUGGUGCAGAACGGAUCGCCAUGGUUUCGUCAAAAUUACAGGAAGACUGGAAGUCCCUGACCACGGCACUGGAGGAGCGCAGCAACACGCUCGCCAUGGCAACCGGCUUCCACCAGGGGGCAGAACAGUUCCUGCAUCGGGUGGAGGGCUGGGUUCAAGUGUGCUCUGAAGGGUCACUGCCAUCGGCGACAGCAGAGCUGGAAGCUGCUGUAAAAAAACACCAGGAGCUCAAUGAAGAGAUCUCUGCAAACUACACACAGGUCAGCGAGAGCGGUAAAGCAUUACUGGAUGUCCUCCAGCGCAGCCCAGCAUCAGAUUCUGACGAAUCAGUGCCCAAACCUGACUUCACUGCCGCCACACACAGCAUCAUGGGAGUUCUCCACCAAGUGAUGCAGGGUCACCAUGAAGUGGAGAGGGCAUGGCAACACCGCAAGCUCCGCCUCCAUCAGCGCCUGCAGCUGUGUGUGUUUCAGCAGGAUGUUAAACAGGUGUUGGACUGGGUGGAGCAGCAUGGUGAGGUUUUCCUGAACAAACACACUGGCGUGGGGAAAUCUCUGCACCGAGCACGAGCGCUGCAGAAACGCCACGACGACUUCCAGCAGGUCGCACAGAACACAUACACCAACGCGGAGAAGCUUCUGGAGGCAGCAGACCAGCUGGCUCAGUCUGGAGAGUGUGAAGAGGAGGAGAUUUACCAGGCGGCCCGAGACCUGGAGCUCCGCAUGCAGGCCUUUAUCCAGCGUGUUGAACAGAGGAAGCUGCUGCUGGAUCUCGCUGUGUCUUUCUACACGCAUACAAAGGAGCUCUCAGCGUGGAUGGAUGGACUCCAGAAACAGCUCUCCUCAGAUGUCCUCGUCUGCCCAGACACUGUGGAGGCUCUUCAGACUCUCAUAAGCCAGCAGCAGCAGCAACAGGCCAACACACAGGAAGCUGCGAUGAGUGUCAUCCGGGAGGGAGAAGACCUCAUCCUGCAACUGAGGCCCCAGGGCAGCUCGGUGGCACAUGUGGAGUCAGUGCUGCAACAGCUGGAGGAGUCUCACGUUCAGUUAGAGGAACUUUUCCAUCAGAGGAAGAUCCGACUUGAUGUUUACUUACAGCUGCGCAUAUUGCAGCAGUGCACACUGGAGGUUACUGGGGAAAUGGACGCCUGGAAACAAGACCUUCAGAAACAGUCGCAGGACUUCUCCACCGAGAAAAUAGCAUCAACAAGGCUAGCAGAUGCAAACCAGGACAAGCUGGCCCAGGAUAAGUUAGCACUGGGUCAGUCACGUCUAGUGGAGGCGACCCCCGAGGCACUAACAUUAGCACAGCAGCGCAUUCACAGGCACAUGGAACGAAGGCUGGCUAUGAACAACAUGAUUUAUGAGGUCAUCCAGCAAGGCCAUGACCUUCAACAGUACAUCACAGAGGUUGUGGCAUCAGGUAUCGAGCUGUCCGAGGCAGAAGGAGGAAUCUCCUCUCAGGUGGAGGAGCUGCAGCACCUCCUGCAGGACAAACAGAAGGAGCUGCAGCAGAUUGCAGAUCUCAUACACACACAUCUGGAACAGAAUCUGCAGCUGAGACACCUGCAGAGCCAGGUUAAACAGGUGCUGGGUUGGAUCUCUGAGGGGGAGGUCAUGUUAUCGUCCUGCAUGUUGAAUUCCAGCUGUUUGUCUGAAGCUGAGCAACUGCAAAGGGAGCAUGAGCGCCUCCAACAGGCCAUAGAGUCUCUCCUUCAUGCUGAUUCCCUGCAGAGGACCCACCAGGUGGCCCUGGCACUGCAGCAGAGAGCAGAGCUCUUGGUCAGGUCAGGUCAUUAUGACCCAGAUGCAGUGAGGUCUUGUGCCCAGACGGUGGCGCUACACUGGCAGACUCUGAUGCUGAGGAUUGAAGACAGACUUAAAUUAGUCAACGCAUCUGCUGCCUUCUACAGGACAUCACAGCAGGUGUGUGGUGUCCUGGAGAGUCUGGAGCAGGAGUACCGCAGGGAGGAGGACUGGUGUGCAGGAGGAGAAAGACAGCCGGAGCAGCUGGUGCCACUCAUCAGCAAACACAUGGAGCAGAAGGAGGCGUUUCUGAAGGCCUGCACUCUGGCCAGACGGAACGCCGAAGUUUUCCUCAAGUACAUUCACCGUAACAGUGUCACCAUGGCGACCAUCUCUGGCCACAGUGUCACCGUCUCCGGGGUAACAGGGGUUGCAGAGGUCACUGGACACUCCAGGGUGCCCGAGCAACAGGUCAAAGGUAUCCUCAGUGAGCUCCUCCAGAGAGAAAACAGAGUUCUUCAUUUCUGGACUUUAAAGAAACGUAGACUGGAUCAAUGCCAGCAGUAUCUGAUGUUCCAGAGCCACGCUCAGCAGGCUCUGGAUUGGCUACAACAGUCAGGGGACCACUACCUGGCCACACACACAUCACCUGGGGCGACAGUGGCUGAGACGCAAGAACUGCAGAUCCAACACAGGGAGUUCUGCAUUUCUGCCAAGCAUACGCAGGAAAAGGUUCACCUGCUAAUACAGCUGGCCGAGAGUAUGCUGGCUAAAGGCCACGCCCACCGCACUGAGCUCCGUCGUUGUGUUUCUACGGUUGACAAACGCUACCGGGACUUCACCGUCAGGAUGGGGCAGUACCGGCACCUGCUGGAGACGGCACUGGGAGGCUGCUCACAGGAUAAUAAGGACUUGGAGCUCGAGCUGAUCCCCAACAGUCUGUCAGACUCCGACCCCGAAGUCAACCUGUCCGAUCCGAGCCACCAAGUCAGCGAUGAGAAGAGACGUUCCGCCCGCAAGAAAGAGUACAUCAUGGCUGAGCUCCUUCAGACAGAAAGAGUCUAUGUCAGAGAUCUGCAGGAGUGUAUUGAGACAUACCUGUGGGAGAUGACGAGCGGCUCAGAGGACGUCCCGCCUGGCCUUGUAAACAAGGACGAUAUUGUGUUUGGAAACAUCCAGGAUAUCUACGAGUUCCACAACAGUAUUUUCCUGAAGGAGCUGGAAAACUAUGAACAGCUUCCUGAGGAUGUUGGACACUGCUUUGUCACCUGGGCUGAUAAGUUCCACAUGUACGUGACGUACUGCAGGAACAAACCAGACUCCAGUUUACUCAUCCAACAACAUGGCGUGGCGUUCUUUGAGGAGGUCCAGAGAAGACACGGUCUAGCAAACUCCAUCUCUUCGGCUCUCAUCAAGCCUGUUCAGAGGAUCACCAAAUACCAGCUGCUGCUCAAGGAGCUGCUGGCGUGCUGUGAGGAGGGAAAAGGCGAGAUAAAGGAAGGCCUGGAUGUGAUGCUGAGUGUCCCAAAGAGAGCAAACGAUGCUAUGCACGUUAGCAUGCUGGAAGGUGUGGAGGAUGGUCUGGAUGUUCAGGGCGAGCUCCUGCUGCAAGACUCCUUCCUGGUUUGGGAGCCGAAGUCUUUAAUCAGAAAGGGGCGGGACCGACACCUCUUCCUGUUCGAGUUGUCACUCAUCUUCAGCAAGGAGAUCAAAGACUCGUCUGGACGGACCAAAUACAUCUACAAGAGCAGGCUGAGGACCUCUGAGCUCGGUGUAACAGAGCACAUAGAGGGCGACCCCUGUAAGUUUGCACUGUGGGUUGGACGAACGCCAACCUCAGACAACAAGACAGUCCUAAAGGCAUCAUCUUUGGAGCUGAAGCAGGAGUGGGUUCGUAGCAUUCGGCAGGUGAUCCAGGAGAGGCGGGGUCACCUGCGGGGGGCACUUAGGGAGCCCAUCCCCCUCCCCAAGACCCCCAACCCGACGCUGGGGCGACAGCGCAGCAUCAACCGCAGGGAGACGAGCGAGGACGCAGACAGUCUGGGUGAUGCCAGCAGUCAACCCGACACCGUCUCCAUCGCCUCCCGAACGUCACAAAACACCGCAGACAGCGACAAGCUGUCAGGAGGCUGCGAGUUAGUCGUGGUGUUGUUGGAUUUCUCUGCCGGAGGACCGGGAGAGAUCAGCGUUCGCUGCGGUCAGACGGUGGAGCUGGUGGAGCGCUCAGCAGAUCGGCCCGGGUGGUGUCUGGUCAGAACCACAGAUCAAACACCUCAACAGGAGGGUCUACUGCCCAUGAGCACCCUCUGCCUGUCGCACUCCCACAGUGCAGCCGAUAUGGAGGGACUGCUCCCAGCCUCCACCACAUCCUCCAGCACCUCUUCUACAAGCACUACCACCUCCUCCUCCUGCAACUCAUCCUCUACCACCAUCACCUCCACCUCUAACUCCUCUACUGUGAGCGCCGGGAGGGAGUCGAGUUUGUACAGCUCUGAAACUUCAGGCCUCCAGACUCAGACUACUAGCCAAAGUGCCACCUCUCCCACAGUGUUUGGAGUGGGAGGGGCUCCAGCAGGAGGUGCUGCGGGCUCACCGGGGGCGAAGCGGAGCGGCUCUGGAACCGGGAACACUCUAAAGCGCUGGUUGACUAGUCCGGUGCGGAGGCUGAGUCAGGGAAAAGCAGAUGGACAGAAGAAACCGCCAAUCAGGACGAGGAGGCGGGACAACAGGACAGAGAUGACCACACCCCUCACAGGAAAUGCGCAAAUGAAGGUGAGGAAGGAGGAGGCAGGGCAUAGUGGUGGGGAGGAGGAGCCAGAGGAAGAAAGCCACACCCCUCUACCACCCCCAAUGCAGAUCAUCAAAGACCCUAACAAUCCUGAGGCUCUAGACUCAGAUCAGGGAUCAAAUGAAUCAGACACGGAGCAGAGAAACAAAGCACUAAGAGGACGCAUGUUUGUCGUUAAUGAGAUGGUCCAAUCAGAGAAGGACUAUGUAAAGGAUCUGGGAGUGAUAGUUGAGGGCUUCAUGUCCCGGCUGGAGGUCAGAGGGAUUCCAGAGGAGAUGAGAGGAAAAGACAAGAUUGUCUUCGGCAAUAUCCAGCAGAUCUACGACUGGCACCGCGACUUCUUCCUGGUGGAGUUAGAGCGUUGUAUUCAGAAUCACGACCUGCUCGCAGAUCUCUUCAUCAGACAUGAGCGUCGUCUACACAUGUAUGUGGUUUACUGUCAGAAUAAGCCGAGGUCAGAGUUCAUCGUCAUUGAGUAUGAGACCUAUUUCGAGGAAAUCCAGCAUGAGAUCAGCUGCAGGAUGUCCAUCAGUGAUUAUCUGAUCAAACCAAUCCAGAGAAUCACCAAGUACCAGCUGCUGCUCAAGGAUUUCCUCAAGUAUACGUCGAAGGCAGGGCUGGACUGUGAGGAGAUUGAGAAAGCGGUGGAGCUGAUGUCAUUGGUUCCAAAACGCUGCAAUGACAUGAUGAACCUGGGACGCCUGCAGGGAUACGAGGGAAAGCUAACGUCUCAGGGGAAGCUGCUGCAGCAGGAGACUUUCUGUGUUUGGGAGCAGGACGGAGGCGUUCUGUCUCGCAGCAAAGAGCGCAGAGUUUUUCUGUUCGAACAGAUCAUCAUCUUUAGCGAACUGCUGCGCAAAGGCUCCAACAACCCAGGAUACCAGUUCAAGAACAGCAUAAAGGUGAGUUAUCUGGCAAUGCAGGACAGCGUGGACGGUGAUCCCUGUAAGUUUGUGUUGUGGUCUCGUGGGUCGGCGGAGCGCUUCACGCUCCAGGCAUCUUCUGCCAGCAUAAAGAUGACCUGGGUAGAGACCAUUGCUUCCCUGCUGGAUGCCCAGAACAACUUCCUGUCAGCUCUCCAGUCUCCUAUUGAGUAUCAGAGGAAAGAGGGCGUGAUCUCUGUGACACGGCCACUGUCAUCAGGAAGGCCGCCAUCUGCACCGCCCACUCCCAACGGUCACGCAACUCAGCCCCCUCCUGACAGUGAACAGGAAGAUCAGGAACUGGUUCUGGUGCUGCAGGACUUUGUGGCAGUGCGGGAGGAUGAGAUCUCUGUGUUUCGGGGGGAGAAGGUUCAGAUUCUGGCAUCCAACCAGCAGGGUCAGAGUCUGGUCUAUCGGCCGGCCAACAGCGAUUCGCCAGCCGCCGAGGGCUGGGUGCCACGCAGCGUGCUCAACACACACUGACACAUACACAUGAACAAACACACACUGGCAGCAGGGUCAGAAUCUGGUUUACUAUUAGUACAUACACAAACACAAUGACAGCACUCCAAAUACUAAAUGCAAAAUGGGUCAAAAGCAUGUUGGGAAAUAUUUGUGCAGCAAAAAUGUAAACAUGACGAUGGACAAUGUCUGCGUGUCUGGCACUUUGGACAAAAAUAUGUCUUCUCCACUUUCUCAUUUUCUCACCUGAUGAGAUUUGUCAGAAACAAUCAUUAGGAAUUAUGUUAAAGUUUUAAGCAUUGGAGAAUAUCCUUAAUAUUACAUCUGGGUCCAAGGGGCAACCCUCCAUAGCAACUUCAUGGAUCCCCAAAGUGUGUAACAGUGGAGCUGGAGCAUACUUGCCUGACGUCAACAAAUUAAAGUGUAAUUAGUGUUCUAGUUGGUUGUUUGGUUUUAACUCAAAAUUUCUAACAAUCUUUGUAAAAAGUUGAUUGCAGCUUAUUUGAAGUCCAGAAUGGUGUGAUUAUGCCUAAAGAUUGUUCUCAGUCAAUAGCAGUAGACUAAGCAGAAUAAACUAGACCUUAAUGUCCUAGUUGGAUGUAUGAACCACAAGUGGAUCCUUUCAUUGUAGAUUAGAUGCUCUACUUUGAGUCUGUCCCAACAGACCAAGACCCUGAUCCAGUCCAGACCCUUCGGGCUAUUAUAAUUUCUUCUGCUUGAAUCCUCGUAUCCAAUAUUGGUCCUUGGUCUCUCUUUGGUCACUAUUCACAGUUGGCUAUGAAUAGAAAAGGACAGAUAGUGUUUGAGUUGUAGUUGAUUGAUGUAGAAUCUCAGGAUCUUUUUCACACGUGGGGGAUAUAAGUGAGUCCUUGUGGUGAACUCAAUCCAAAUGGAAAGCAAAGAUUUGCCUCAUGUUUCUCAUGCAAAUACAGUGAGUGGACUAUUUUGCAACCCCCGGUGUUUGAAACUAUAAGGAAACCUGCUUCCUUCCAAAGCAUAACCGACUCCAUCACUUUCUUCAGUAAUAAAGUUGAACCAUAUCGAUUCAGCAAAACAGCACAAACAGCAGUAGUAACAUUCCCCUCCAUUUUGACUGUCAAUGGUGUCAAGAGACUCCAGAGUCAAUGAACUAAUCUUGGCUGGUCCAGUUCUUAUUGGGGGCCUCCUGAGGUUUUCCUACGACAGACAACAAAUCUCUCCAGAGAGUUUGGUGUCCAUCCUCAGUUAGGCUUAAAAAAACAAAAAACAAAAGUGAGGAGUUCAACAGGCAUCCUGGUCAGAUUUCAGGACCAGCUCCGAGUUUUCUCUUUCACAAAAUAAUCUCCACCUUAACAUUUUUUUCCAUUGUUGUCUCUUUAUGUAACAGUGCUGUGACCCAUCAGAGGGUUAGAAACUGGAGAGGUAGACACUGCCAUCAUUUGUGCUCUGAAGGUUUCCUUACAUGUUUCAGACCCUGAUUACUGUUCAGCAUUUUAGACUUUAAACACACACACACACACACACACUUUCCCAGCAGCAGGUACUGUUAGUCUCCUCCCUCAUUCCUGGUGCUUUAACAUUCAGCCAGAACACAGCUCUUCACCUCGUUCUAUCAGACGCUGCCGUCAGGGUCCCAAGCAACCAAUAACCCACUCUUAUGACUUCACAAACUGUUCUCCGUGGCUCAGUGGAAGGGAGGUCAUAUGACCAUCAUUACAAUCAUCAUCACCACCAUCCAGACGGGGACACCAGGAAGAAAAGACAGUCAAAAAAAUAAAUAAAUGAAACCCUCCUGGACGAGAAGAGGCAAAAAGACCUAUCAGCCAAUCAGAACUGAGUUCUCUACGCGUCGUUCUGUUAAUAGUGUGUAUAAAGAGACUGAGGACACACACACACACACUUCAUACACACACCAAUGCUAUGAUGAAGAUGCAGAUGAAGAUUACUAUGAAGAUAAUUAAGAAUAAUAGAAUCUGUUUUUCACCUUAAUAGAGAGAAAAAAAAUGAGAGAAAAUGUUUGUCAUAUUAAUAACUGCGUGCGUGUGCAUGAGAGCGAGGGAGAGCGUGUGUGUGCGUGUGUUAGUAACGCCGUCCUAUGUGUGUGUGUGUUUUUCCACCGACAGUUAGGUGGUGUCCCGGUGUAGCGUUGCCAUGACGAAUUGUUGUGUUUGCGGUGACACCAUUUUUUGUUUGUUUAUUCGUUUGGUUGGUUUUUAUAGCAAACCAGAGCUGCUGCCGCCCUCCUCCCGCCCCGCCCCUACUCUGUCUUUCUCCAGUCAACAAGGCGGCCUCAGCUUUGGUUAGUUUGAUAUUCUGAUUAUGCAUUUCUCGUUCCUGUAUAUAGACCAGACGUCCAACUGCUACUCUAUGUACUGUGGACACUGAACCGGUCUGUCUCUCAGCAGCCCAACCUACUGUGACUGUCUGUUUCUACUAAAACCGAAGCUGUAACCUUCAGCACGCUCUCUACCUGUCUCUCUCUGUCUCUCUCUCUCUCUCUACCUCUCUGUCUCUCUCUCUCUCUGUUUCUCUGGUGCCAUUCUCAGACAACACCCCGGUCCUUAAGGAGCUGCGCAGCCUGUCAGGUGCACUAAAGAGCGGUUAGGGUGGAGGAUAGUGUGCUAUGAAGCAAACUAUGAAUGAUUUAACUGGUGUUAAAGGAAAAGUUUGAGUUCUUUCAAGUCUAUCUUAAUAUAACUUCUUUAAACUGAUCUAAAAAUGUACAACCUGUAGGCAACAGCUUUCUGGUUUCUGUUAGCAGAAUUAUAAUGACACUAACAAAACUUUCAGUUCCUCUAAUGUCCACUUGAUGCUGCAAAAAUGAGUCCCUAUACUUAGUUUCCCAUGUUAAAAUGUCCAACUUCAGCCUGCUACAGAAAACAGUUUUGGUCUAGUUUCUUUGUAACAACUGUAUGGGGCUGAAUUUAGUUCAUAACUCACAUGUUUAAACUGCAUUAAGGCUUAAUGUUUGCGUUAUUAGGGGUGGGACCUUGUUGAGUGGCAGGUGACACAGUGUAGCUGUCUGCAAGGUUUCACCUUAGUUAUUUGAAGUCACUUAGCUGGACCUUUAGGGUGGGUUUGAAGUGAUUUAUGUAAUUUGAUAAUAAAACAGAAUCACAUCAUCAACAUAUGGUGAUAUACGCAUAUAGCUUAAGCUCAGUCUGUCCUUUCUGGAUCAUUUUUUAAGGAUCAAGAAAUCAAAUACAGAAUACAAAUCUCAAAACGAUUAACCAUCUAUGAUUUAGCAGUUUAAACUGUAUUUGCAUUUGUAAACAAUAAAUGCUCAAUGAAAUAGGUAGAUUGUAGCAUUUCCAGAUUAUUAAAUUUGUUUGGGAUUUUUUUGGUAAAAAAAAAAAAAAAAA